AUGUCAAGCAACGUGGUUCUGGGUAGCCACAAAGAUCACCACUUGACGCCUUUCUUUCCUGUUCUUCUCAGUUUCCAUUUGAUUUUUGCACCCGUACUGCGCCCAGACCACUACACCAUGUUGUAUGCUACACCAUCCCAACCCAAGCAACAAAGCGAUCCUCAUCAACCUACUAACAAUCAACCACUGCAACAACGGCUUCGUCAACGUUACCACUGUGAGUGGUCAGAUUGUGGAAAAUCCUUUGUUAGGCGAUCCGACCUUGCAAGGCAUCAACGUAUCCAUACGGGUGAACGACCUUUUCGUUGCGAUUGGCCCGGAUGCAAUAAGCAGUUUAUUCAACGUUCUGCUAAAACCGUGCACAGACGUACGCAUACCGGUGAACGGCCACACGUGUGCGAAUUGCCAUCAUGUCAACGUUCUUUUAGUGAUUCGUCCUCAUUGGCACGACAUCGGCGUAUCCAUAGCGGGUUUCGGCCAUAUCAUUGCCGCAUGUGUGAAAAAUCAUUCACUCGCAAGACCACAUUGUCUCGACAUGAAAAAUACCACAUUGAAUGGACUGAUGAGACAACGCAUCCCCACAACCACCACCAACAGGUGCCUGAUGUAAUAACAAAUACAGUAACAGCAGCAACAACAACCACAGAACAUGAGCCAACCAUGGCAAUGUCCUUUAUACCGCCAUACCAUCCAUUUGUGUAUCAGCCAUUACCAUCACCCACAUCACCGACAACAUCAACGCAGAUGUCAUCAUCAUCAUCAUCAUCAUCAUUUGCCACAAAUAUGGCAGUGCCUCCUCUUCAACGCCGGUCCGCUUUUACGCCCGUCAUCCCCGCUUGCACACGAUAG